CUAAUUCAGUGUUUAAAUCCAAGUUUUAGCCUUUUGUGUAGAGGUGGGUUCACCUGAAUGAACAGAAUAACUUUGGUUAAUGGAGAGUUAUGCACCUAAUAUAGGAUAAGAUUUAGUGCAAUUUGCAGAAGUGCUGCAAGUCAACAUUGACUUAAAGUACUCCAGCUGUUUGGCUGAGGGAGCAGCUUCCCUGCAGUGUUGGUCCUCCCAGCAUAAGCCACUGGUGAGAAUAAUUGAUGGCAGGUAUUACUCCAGUGAUUCGCUCUGCAUGAGGGAAUGAAACCACAGCUGCACAGCACUUCCCGCAUCACACAGGCUACUAGCUGGAGGUUGUCAGCACUCUCAGCCAAAGAGUGCAAAAAUCUGCAUCAGCCACAUUGAAUGCAUAAUGCGGUUUAAACAAUGGAGACACACAAGAGGAGCUGACAGCUUUCUCUCAACUGAAUGGAGACGAUAACACCAUCUCUCAGCAAGAAAUGUGUCCACCACUGCAGAUUUUGGUUAAGACUAAGAUGUUGAAGCCAGAAAUGAUGGACCAGCGACCUAAAAGGAGUAUGUGAUAGUUGGCAUCACCCAAGAGGCACAUCUGCUGUCUCCUGUCACAAGAGGAUGGGAUCCUUCCAACAGCUUGGCCAACAGACAGGACUGACUUAGCUGCCCGAGGGGUGUAUCAUUCAGGUAACAUCGUUUAAAGUAUAUGCUGCUGACGAACUCUACCAAUGUCUGACGAGGGAGAAGAAAGCGACAGCGGCGAGAGAGUCCAUCUCUCGGAGUCUCCCUCCACGCCUCAGUCUGUCUGUCAUCCCAGAGGAUCUCCUUCCUCUCCGCGGCCCCAAGACCUCUUCUCUUCCGCCUCUCCGCUGCUGGGGGAUACAGACCCACCUUACCUCGCCUCUCCGGAGUCUUUUCACCCGUCUCCUGAGAACAGAGAACCAGAGAACUCGCCGCAUUUCACACCACCAAAGUUCCGCCAGCGCACCGGAGACACCGGCUCUCCGUUUCGUUCGUGCCAGGAUGUGCGCCUAGAUGCUGUGUAUGACCGCUACGAUCACCCGUUUUCCAAGUGGAGAGGACGAGGCGCGGGGAGCGCUGAGCGUUUUCAGCACCGCGGACAGAGACUCUCCCGGGCUCCGGAGCUCUCUGACUCCGGGAACCACUACUCUGUUGAGCACACAGACGCCGAGUUCAACUCGGAAUCCCGGCAAACGGUGGAGGCCAUGCAUCGCCGCCACACCACAUUGAGGGAGAAGGGGCGUCGCCAGGCAGUGCGAGGUCCAGCCUACAUGUUCAAUGAGCGUGGCUCACCCCUCACUGCAGAGGAGGAGCGUUUUCUAGAUGCUGCUGAAUAUGGAAACAUUCCUGUAGUCCGUAAAAUGCUGGAAGAGUCUAAAACCCUCAACUUCAACUGCGUGGACUACAUGGGCCAGAAUGCAUUGCAGCUGGCAGUGGGCAAUGAGCACCUAGAAGUGACUGAGCUGCUGCUAAAGAAGGAUGGGUUGGCUAGGAUUGGAGAUGGCUUGCUUUUGGCUAUUUCUAAGGGUUAUGUUCGCAUCGUAGAAGCCAUACUCGCCCAUCCUGCUUUUGGCGGGGGUCUUCGGCUGGCUUUGAGCCCUCUAGAGCAGGAGAUGCGAGAUGACGUCUUCUACGCUUAUGAUGAGGAUGGAACACGUUUCUCACAUGACGUCACACCCAUCAUCCUGGCUGCACACUGCAUGGAGUAUGAAAUUGUCCACAUCCUAUUGUCCAAGGGGGCCCGCAUCGAAAGGCCGCAUGACUACUUCUGUAAGUGUUCAGAAUGCCUGGAUAAACAGAAGAAGGACUCGUUCAGUCACUCACGCUCCAGGAUGAAUGCAUAUAAGGGCCUGGCCAGUGCAGCGUACCUGUCACUCAGCAGUGAGGAUCCUGUGCUGACCGCGCUGGAGCUCAGCAACGAACUGGCAAGACUGGCCAACAUUGAGACAGAGUUUAAGAAUGACUACCGUAAGUUGUCCAUGCAGUGUAAGGACUUUGUGGUGGGUGUGUUGGACCUUUGUCGGGACACAGAAGAAGUGGAGGCCAUACUGAAUGGCGAUGUGGAUCAGUGUCCUCCAAGCCCCUACAACCGACCCUGCCUCAGCCGUGUCAUACUGGCCAUCAAGUAUGAAGUCAAGAAGUUUGUUGCCCAUCCUAACUGUCAGCAGCAACUGCUAACUAUCUGGUACGAGAACCUUCCUGGUCUGAGGCAGCAGUCUGUCGGGGUAAAGUGCUGGACAGUGCUGGGGGUCACCGUCGGCCUGCCCUUCUUGGCUAUCGCCUACUGGAUCAUGCCAUGUAGCAAGCUCGGUCAGAUCCUGCGAAGCCCUUUCAUGAAGUUUGUUGCUCACGCUGUCUCCUUCACCAUCUUCCUGGGUCUGCUGGUUGUCAAUGCCUCUGACCGCUUCGAAGGCGUCAAGAACCUGCCCAAUGAGACCAUCACAGACCACCCGCGACAGGUGUUCAGGGUCAAGACCACCCAGUUCUCUUGGACAGAGAUGUUGAUCAUGAAGUGGGUGUUGGGUAUGAUUUGGUCAGAAUGUAAGGAGAUCUGGACUGACGGGCCCAGAGAGUACAUCAUGCACCUCUGGAAUGUUCUGGACUUCGGCAUGCUGUCCAUCUUUGUGGCAUCCUUCACAGCACGCUUCAUGGCAUUCCUCAAGGCAUCCAAAGCACAGCAGUAUGUUGACAUGCACGUACCAGAUGAAGACCUCAGCAACGCCUCACUGCCUGAUGAAGUGGCCUACUUUACAUUCGCCAGAAACAAGUGGCGCCCGUCAGACCCCCAGAUCAUCUCAGAGGGCCUGUAUGCCAUUGCUGUGGUGCUGAGUUUCUCACGCAUCGCCUACAUCCUUCCAGCCAACGAGAGCUUCGGCCCACUGCAGAUCUCGCUGGGACGCACGGUCAAAGACAUCUUCAAGUUCAUGGUCAUCUUCAUCAUGGUGUUUGUGGCCUUCAUGAUUGGCAUGUUCAAUCUGUACUCUUACUACCUGGGAGCCAAGUACAAUCCAGCCUUCACCACGGUGGAGGAGAGUUUUAAGACACUUUUCUGGUCGAUAUUUGGGCUGUCUGAAGUGAUCUCAGUGGUGUUGAAGUACGACCAUAAGUUCAUAGAGAACAUUGGCUACGUGCUAUACGGGGUCUAUAACGUCACCAUGGUGGUCGUCCUUCUCAACAUGCUCAUUGCCAUGAUCAACAGCUCGUACCAAGAGAUAGAGGAGGAUGCUGACGUGGAGUGGAAGUUUGCUCGAGCCAAGUUGUGGCUCUCCUACUUUGACGAGGGCCGUACCUUGCCUGCCCCCUUCAACCUGGUUCCCAGCCCAAAGUCUUUCUACUACCUGGUCCUCCGCAUCAAGUCCUGCCUGAUACGUCUCUGCAAGGCCAAUGGCCGUCGGCAUAACAACGAGCUGGAGUUGGGCAUGCUCAACUCACAAGCCAAGGAUGAACGCUUCAGGUCUUAUCCACGACCGGGAGAAGAGUUCAUGCCCAGAAAAUCUAGAAAACAUCCGACCAGAUACCAGAAAAUAAUGAAGCGCCUGAUUAAGCGGUAUGUGCUAAAGGCCCAAGUGGACAGAGAGAACGACGAAGUCAAUGAAGGCGAGCUGAAGGAGAUCAAGCAAGACAUUUCCAGCCUCCGUUAUGAGCUGCUGGAGGAGAAGUCCCAGGCCGCCGGGGAGCUGGCUCUGCUCAUCCAGCAACUUAGCGACAAGUUUGGCAAGAACACCAUGAGACAUUGACAGGACUUGCAAAAGGGGAGGAUUGGGAAGGGGGGAGGAAGAUGGGAGUGCGAAAGUAGGUGAAAUAAGGAGGAGGUGGGGGCAAAAACCAGGGGCAGGGUAGGUAUUUUUAAGAUGUUGAUAAUGGAAGAGGGAGAGAAAAGGGACAGGGGAAGCAGGAUGUUUAUGCAAUAGACAAGGAAGAAAGUGGGAGAAAGGCAUGAGAGAAACAAACUGGAAUUGAAAUUUGCUAACUUAAGGCAAAAAGCAGUGUUUUGUAUACGUAAUGACUAAUUAGGAAGGAAUGUGAAAGACAAUAGUUGUGGCUGCAAGUGAGCAUGAGGUCAGAGGGUCAGAGGUGAAGUCAACUCGGUCGGGGCGGUUUGUGUUGACAGUUGAAUUCUAAUUAAACAUCUUAAGGAAGUGAGAGAGGAGAGGAAGUCAGAGGCUUGUAGGCUAGGUGUGAGAUAGAGGGAUACAUAGGAGGAGGAGAACACAAGCACCGGGGGAUAUGAAGAGGCACCCACAGGGCAGAAGACUGAGGCAGCGCAGCGCCGUGAGGGCCCCCACAUCCGCUGCCAAGAGAUAUCACCAACGUGGAGGAAAGGGAAACCCAGAGAAAAGAUGAUGCAGAGAGUGCUGGAGGGAGAGGUGGGACAAGAGAGAAAGAUAUCUGAAAGAAACUGCCACUGUUAUUCACACCAGAGAGACUGGCUUUCCAUGUGUGUGUUUUCUUUGUGAUGACAAGCAUAGUGAUGCCUGUCAAGAUACUGUACACCCCUUUAUACACCAGGCAAUCUAAUUAAUGCAUUUCCAUCCACAGUGCACAACUUGUGAUCGGAAGUAAGAGCAAUUGAGAGAAUAGCAGGAGACAAUGUAGGAUUUAUGCACUUGUUUAAAAGUCAUUAAGAUAAUGAAACAUUAAAUUUUCAUCCUAACACAGUCAGGACAUUUGUAUGUCCACAUCAAACACAGUAGUAGUGCAGCACCAUGUGAACUGUGCAAAAGUGAUAAUAAAAUUAGGCUACUUCAGACCUCAUUCAGAAUGAUUUCAUAUACAAUGUGCAACAUGCUGCCAGGUUGUUGUAAGUGUGGGUACGAUAAUACAAACAAGAUAAUUUCACAUGAAACCAUUAUCACUUUAGGUCUUGUGCAUAUAUGAACAACUUUGAGCCAAUAAAUGUAUCGACAUAUAACCUAGAUAAUUGAUGCAGGUACUAUAUUCUCCUCUACAUUGUGUCUUUGCAGCAGUAAGUGGCUCUGUGUGACUUGCUUUCUUAAGUAGCAGCCGAAAAGCGACGUGUCCUCAAGAAGUUCUCUUUACAGCUGUAAAACGCAGGAGGUCAGUGCUUGCGAGGAGCACUGAGGAGCAUUUGGAGCACUGCCAUUACACAUCAUUUGUUUUAGUGGGAUAAACGAAGCAAAUCUUUGUCAUCGUAACAUCAUUAAUCAUUACAAUGAAAUUUCAACUUUCAAGACUGUCAUAAAACAACUGUAUUUGAAUCCUUGACGGUAGUUUUUGGAGCUAUUGAGGUUUAAAUCCAAAAUGCACUAGUAGAUGUAAAAGGCCCCACACAUCAUGGCUCAGAUAUAGUUUAGUGAUCAUUUUUGGCUGGACUGCAACGGCAGGGCCAGGCCUAUAAAUGCAUAAGUGACUGACUGACUGACUGAGUGAUGAAGUUACACCAUUGGUUGGCCGAAUGCCACUACUUCCUGUAUCUGUUUCAAAUUAAAAGCCCUCUAGCCUUUCAUACACGGUCCAGCCAUAUACUACGUUUUGACCUAGCCUUGUUAAGCUUUCAAAAAAGGUUAACAAGGUUGACUUUAGAGACAGAAUUUAGUUUCAGAUACAGAAAUGUUGUUUAAAUCAAGCUUUCAUUUAAACAAGUAGACGGGCUUAAACUUGUGUCUUUAUUUAUUUGUAUGUUUCACAGAAUGAAAGAGCAGCUAACUGUUUUAUGUGUGCAGAACCAGGCCAAUCAUAAAAAGACUCCCUGAGAAUGUCUUAUGAUAUCCAGAGGUGAUUCCCACAGCCAGAAAGACAAAAUUACCUGAAAUACUGUAUUUUUAACUUGUAUGCAAGAAAUAUUGAUUAAAGUAAAAUCUUGUACUGUA